AUGGAUGAAGAUCUCCGCAUCCUAGAGCAAGACCUACAGGAGGAAUACUGUCCUCCAGUGGACCCCGCCCUCGUUUCUGCUAUCCUAUCCGAUUACGCUGGCCAGCCAGACGCUAUUGGCCAGGCCAGACAGAUACUCGACAUCUUCAAAGAAACAGCCACGGCUGAACAGCUCACCGACUUCGAUGCGUCGGGUAACAGUAGUGGACUCCACGAGAGCCCUGGCAAACGCAGCAACGAUGCCGACUCGAACGCCGAUACAUGGGCAACGCAAACGACCCUGACCGACCACUCGCAUAUCUCCAGCGAGCUCGCUGCAAUGAGCCUGGACGGGAAAUCGGGCUCCAGCUCAGAAGGUCUUCCGGACGGCGGAUACUGGAAGGAUGUUGAACAAUACACUACGCCGAAGAAGGAGAACGUGCUUGCGGAAACGUUCCCAAGUCUGCGUCUGGAUCUCAUUGCAUACACGCUGAAGAAGUGCGGAGACGACCUAGACAAGGCAACAGACGAGCUGCUCAACCACGUCUUUUUCGAGGACUCCAGGGCAAGUCCGAUGGAGGAGGGUUCAGUCGCUAAGGGUAUUGAUGCUUUCUCCGAGGACUACCAUGUGCCUCAGCGCAGCAAGAAAGGUAAGAACAAGAAGAGGCAAAAGCUGGCCUUGAGCAGUCUGAGCUCAGCCAACACGUCCGAUUCCGAGCCCAUGUCGCCUAUCACCAAUCACUGGGCAAACACGAGUCGUGACGUUGGAUACAUCACUUCACGUACGAACUUAGGCCAUAAGACUGUAGCGUCCAUAUACCACGCCAAUGGCGCGUCGCUGUCGGCGACCGUGCUUGCCCUCGUGCGGAAGGAGAUACAGGCCCAUAAAAAAGACGGAGAGCCCGAUGCAGCCCUUGUGCAAGACGCCAUUGGGCUCAAUGAAGCUUUCCCCAAUAUCGAUCUAGAGUAUGCUCUGGCACUUGUGAGACUCACAGAUCCUUCGGUCACGAAGGCCCACGAUCUUGCGAAAGCGCUCAUGGAAGUGCCUGCAAGCGAAACCGGAGGAAAAGGAGGCAUCAAGCUCGAUUUGCGUUAUGCGCCGGUCAAUCUGGCCGAGGAAGAGCCUGCAUCACCACGACUACCGGUUCUUGCGCCCUCUGCACGUUUCCACGACUCUACAUCGCUGGCUCGCGCACGCGGCGAUGCCUUCCAGCAAGCGUCGGCCGCAUAUCGCAAGGGUAAGUCGACUCCUCUCAUGCGACAGGCAGCGGGCUACUACGCGCAAGAGGGUCGCAACUACAACGCCAAUUUGAAGGCUAUGAGCCAGGUCGAGGCCGACUCAUUUGUCGCUGCGCAGUCUGGAACCACGUACCUCGACUUGCAUGGUGUUACUGUUGCAGAUGCGACGCGUAUCGCGAAGCAGCGCACACAAGUGUGGUGGGACAGUCUUGGUGAGCGCAGAAUCCGCGAAUGGGGUAAUGCUCGUGGCGGCGUCGGCGAGGGCUAUAGAAUAGUCACAGGUCUUGGACGCCAUAGCGAAGGCGGACGAGGAAAGUUGACGCCUGCGGUGCUGAAGACGCUUAUCAGCGAUGGGUGGAAGGUCGAAGUUGGAACUGGAGAACUGCUCGUUACCGGGCAUUCAAGGCGGAAGUGA